AUGUGGGCGGCGGGGCGGUGGGCGGCUGCUCGGCCCCCCUCGGACGCCUGGCUCCCGGCUGGCGGCAGCGCUCGGUCGCGGCCUUCCUCGGGCUCCGUGUCCGCGCUCGCGGCGGACGCCCGCGGGCAGGGGCGGGAGGCGGUGCGCUCGCCGUCCCCGCCGCCGAGCUACAGCAACUCCACCUGGUCGCUGCUGUCUCCGCUCGGCCACCGGAGCUUCGUGUUUGACGACGACGGGGACGCGGCGGAUGAAGAAGAGGAAGAAGUGGACGAAGAUGCCCGCGACUCGGAGGCCCAGGGGGCGAGCCCGGGCGGAAUGCAGUUGCGGGGGCGCGCCAGGAAUUAA